CUUUCCCUCUUUCCCCUCUCUCUUUGUCUCUCUUUCUCUCUGCCUUGCUGUUAUUUGUGUACGCAUAAAAAAGAGGACCAGUUUGAUUUGAGGACAAAAUUUUUUUUUUUUGAAAAAUUAAGGACCUUUAAUGUUUGUUGGUGUGGGUUCGAACUGUAUCACAAUAUUAAAUCAAGUCCCAGGGAGGGUUUAUAUUACAAGCUUUGUUGAUGCUUGACACCAAGACGUGGACCUUGCAGAUGGCCAUGAGCUUAUACUCAAUGGGCGUUAUUAAUUAAUAGGGGGCUUGGCUAGCACUUCUGUAGCCAAUUGAGCAAUUAGCACUUGUGUUCAGAAUGUCGCAGCCUAAUCAUACAAAGACUUUGGCAGGAGUCAAUCCUGAGGGGACAAGUGAGAUGACAUAUUAAUUUGGUCAGGGAUCUUUUGCUUUGUCUUGGCUAUUGACCAGCCUUUUCCUUAUCUCAUGUUUUCUGUAAACCACUCUUCUCAUCUCCCAGACUGAUUUUAUUCUGUUUAUUCAAGUCAGAUACUUUUAACUAUAAUGUUUAAUCUUGCUCCAGGAUGUCUGAGUCCUCUCAUGUAAGGCCUCAGGGUUUUUUUCUUGAGAUGAAAAGCCUUCUUUGGCUUGGGUAAAAGAAAUGACUGAGAAUGAAUGUGUGAAGUCUGAUUCUCAAAGGCUAGCUAAAUCCUGAACAAGACCUGAAGUUCCCUUUAAACUGAAAAUACUUAACUCCUCUUCCUGGCACACAACAAGAAGAAAAUGUAGGUAGGUAGCUUAGUAAAAUUAAGUUUGCAACCUGAUUAUGAUUAAUUUAUUUGAAAAAUUAAAAUUUUAUUUUUCAUUUGCUGCUGUUAAUUAAUAAUUGCUAUUAAUUAUUAUUAUUAUUAUUAUUAUUCUAUUUAUUACAGUUCAUUCAUUUAUAUUUUUUGUUCCUCUUUUAUUUAAAUACCCCUUACUGUGUCAUUGAUCAAAAUAAAUGUAUUUCUGAGUAAUUUGUGAUUUCUUUGUCAGAAAAAAAUGUUGAUUGAUGAAAAAAUUAUUAUUUAUAUUAGGUACACUGUUAGGUCUAUACCUUCACCUGCUUAUUAAAUUUGUUGUUGAUAUAGUAAAGUUGCUGAGGUGGUUCUGCUGGGGCAGAACGUUUGUUUUGGACACAGAUUUUGGUCCAGUCCCCUGCAGUCCCGAUUACUGACGCAGAAUUUACGUAAAGAGCCGGUGAGCCCCAGAGAGCUGCUCAACAGAGUCAACUUGUUUGCCAAAUAAAUGAAAAAGAUUGCACAAUUAGACUUAGGAGCUUUACGUUAAUAAUCAGCCAGUCUGUUAAUUACUGAACAGGGGAUUUGAGACCUGCUUUCUAACUGUGCUCCGGAGAUAUCGCACAGUAGUCUACCACAUGCCAGUGCUGCACAUUCAAACUAAUUGUUUAAACUACAGAAACAUCUCUUUGUAGGUUUCAUCAUCUUCUUCAAAAACACUUGCAAGUUACCUCUCUACUGUGAUUACUGACAUCAAUCUGAGCAGCCUUACACAUACUGUACAGUACAUACAAACCUAUGGUUGCAGUACUCCAUUGUUACUGACAUAGAAAUGUAUAUGAUUGUUUUUGUUUAUGAUUGAUUCAGGUUCAUUCUGGUAGAGUUUUGAGAUAUAAAGCUUCAAAUAUUUGGCAUCCCACUCAACUGUUUUUCUUUUUUGUCAUUUUAAUUUCACCCCAAAGUUUUUUAUUUUCCACAUUUUCUUGAUUCUCUAAUCCAGAGCAAUUUACAAGUUUUAAUAAUAAGCAUAAUUCCAGGAUAACAAGCAAACACAAAUAUACAGUACUGAUCUUUGCUUCGACUGUCAACAAAAUGUACCCCCCUCUCUCUGGAAACAUAUGUCCAACCAAACAGACUUUUACAGUCAUCUUAAGAGCAAUGUCCUUUAACCCUGACUCAAACCAUGAUCCUCUUGAAUCUGACAGUAACCUAUGUUGUUUAUGUGUCUGGACUUUAUCUUAACCAACAUUGCUGAGUCCAUAUAUCAACAGUCUAUUGACAGUAAUUUGAGCACAUGCAGAUAGUUGACAUGAUAUAGUCUUUAUUAUCUCCUGAGGCAAGUUUUAUAAAGAUAGACUGUGACUAUGGCUUAAAUGAAACUAAUAAUCAGACUUCAGAUAGACAUCUAAAUUCUUUCUAGUUCUAAACUAUUUUAAAAGGUAACUUUGGUAUUUUUCAGCCUGUACCCUAUUUACCUAUGAUUUUUUGUCAUGUGACUAACUGGGAGAACAUUUUUUGAAACCAUGUAUUGAAUGAGAUCUCUGCAUUCGGUAGCAGCAAGAUAGGGCUGCAACUUAAAGCUGUGAGGUAAAAUUGUUGUUUUUAUCAAUGGAGUCUGGUGGCUUGACAAGAAUUAGAUUUUUUCUGGUUAAACAAAGGAUCUUACUCUUCUAAAAGUCUAUCUCUGCAGGGAUCUUUUCUACAAUGUCCUACUUUUUGUGUCAGUGGCAAAAACAAGCACUUUAGUGGGCGUAUUUUGACGGGGGGCAAUUGCUUGCAAGGAUUAUGUUGCAGCCCUGUCUCAAUCUCACUCAAUACUGGACCAAUUUCAAUAAAUGUUGUCCCAAUUAGUCACAUACACACACAAACAUGGGAAAAUAAGGUCCAGGAUAACAAAGUAACCCUUUAAGUAGGAUUAAUGCAAUGAAUUGUGGGUAAAUUAAGAUGUUUUUCAAAUUAAAAACAUGGAUGACCAAGCAACAGUGUCAAACUGCUCAGCUCCCUUCACUCCACCAAAAAAACAUUUGCAUUCUGCAAGAUUUCAGUAAUUAUAAGGACCUUUUACUGGUAAAAUUCAGCAUCAAGAGUAACAACACAAAAAAACAGUAGCAUAAAAUCUCAGUGCAGCGCAGACUUGUAGCAGAGCUGCGAUGCUGUGGCUUCUUAUUGUAGGGUGUUCAGCUGGAUAGUAGCUUAGCCGGAUGCCUUCUUAAAAGUCAUUGUGUAUUAUAGUACAGCAAUAGUGAUUCCUAUUACUAAUAUAAGAUAGAAAACUUUUCACAUUUCAUUAAUUGGGCCCAGGACCUCUUUUGGUAAUCCUACAGUCGUCGACGCAUCUUGAAGUAGACUUUAGACUGACAGUAACAUCUGCAGCUCCUUAGCCACUGCAAUUUUCACAGUCACACUAAAGUAAAAAGCAUUGAUGGAUGCUGCCAAAACAGUUUGCUCAAUGGUUCACAAACUGCAAUGAACAAGACACAGCUGGAACAAGUGACCCAGCUCACUUGAAAGCGCACACUCAGCAGAAUCACCACAGUGCCAAAAAUCAAUAGUAAAGCUCCCCCUUUUCCAUCUGGCAAAAGCUCAGUUAAGUGACUUAAAAAGUUUUCCACCAAACAAGCCCACUUUUGAUCAUGGGGGAUGUAAAAAUUAUGAAUUGGCACCAGAACUGGAGCCGUGCAAGUGGGCAACAGAACCGGAUUCAGCAGCCCAGUGAACACAGCUGAAACAGGACCGAACACAGCCUCUAAGACCAACAGAGGCCAGUUUGACAGGAAUACAGAACCUAGACUAUUUACACCAGUAAAUGUUGACAUUUUGUGAGUUUAUUUUGAUUGGACUAAAAUAGUUUAUGAUUAGACCAAAAAACACUAAGACAUAUCUUGAGCUUGACUUGGACUUGGACUCGCCUCUUGAUGGACCAGGGCUAGCUGGUUAGCAUGCUAACAUCAGUAGAUAUCUCUGCAACACAAUAUAGAUAUCUUUGACAAAACAUAGGAGCUUUUACUUUUUAUAUUCUGAUGUAGUUCAUUUUAUAAUGUUUUAAACUCUUAAAUCUGCACAUAACUUACCAACUUCACAUUGGCCACAUUCUAUCCAUCCAACUUAAGAUAACUGACCAAUAACUGACCCUUAUUUGCUUUGUUAGCAAGCUACCAUUAUAUAAAUAAACCUCCCCAAAUUAAUUAUAUACCUCUCUGUUGCGUUACCUCUGUUGUGGGUUCUGAUCAUAUACAGUAAUGGUUCUGACAAAUACUCUUUGAAUUUAAUUUAAUUUAUCUAAAAUAAUAUACAGUGUCCUCUGUACGUACAUGUAUGUACAUCAAUUCAAUUCAAUUUUAUUUUAUUUAUAUAGUCUUCAGUGUUUGCAAAUGCUGAAUUUCCAAAGGUCAGUUGAAUAUCUUUUUGUAGAACCCACUUUGAUCAAAAAGUUAUUUUAACUUUUCAAUAAGUUAUUUAUAUGCCAUACGUUGUGACAGUUGUGAAACACUUAUAAAUACAAUUUCUAUAGUUCAAUAGCUCCCUUCCAAAAGGAUUAUCUACCCACGAGCCCAUCUUCCCACUGAAAUCUGUUCUUAAUGAGACCCAGAAUGCUUUAUGACGUAGAAUGACAAUAAUGCAUCUCUGGAGAUUUGAGUCAAACAGAUCUGAAUGAGGCCGAACUCUUUGGAUAAAACAAAGAACCUCCCAGACAUGUUGUUCAUUGAAGACACAUUUUAUUAUAAGAAGAACGAAAAUCUAAAGCUCAGUCGACUCUUCUGGUUGAUGAAGACAGUCAUAGGUGAGUGAAUGGCUCUUUUAUUCUGAAUGUUGGCUCUGUAUCUAUAGUCUGUUUAAAGUGUGGAUGAGUUUUUUCUCUCAAUCAUUUAUAUAUUGUUCUUUAAUAUUAAUAUAUAAAUAAUAAUUAAAUUAAAUACACAUUCAGCUAAAUUCUGUUCUUAUUGUAAUCCUACUUAAAUUGUCGGUGUGUAUUUUUGAGGAUGUAUUUCAGUGUGGAUUUCUCCAUAUUUCUCCAAAAGAUUGGCUCCGGUCCUCAGUUGCAAAAUGCAGAAUCAGACUGAAUUUCCAGGAAAUGCAACUUCCCUCAAAAACCUGUCUAUGAUAAUCAAGGUGUGUGUGGUUAUCCCCUUUUUCUGCGUCUUCCUCUGCUGCAUUAUUGUCAUGCUGCACAUCUUUGCAUCUCACAGGCAGUUCCUGGACACCUCACGUUACAUCCUGUUUGCCUACAUGCUGAUCAAUGAUACCCUCCAGCUCUUGUCCUCUGUACUGCUCUUCCUCUUUGCCAUGGGCCAGGUGAAAUUUGCUAUUAUCUACUGUGUUCCUCUGCUGUUCAUUUCCACUGCCACUUUCCAGAACACACCCUUAAUCCUGGCCACCAUGUCACUGGAGCGUUAUGUUGCCAUCUUCUAUCCUCUGCAGCGCCCAGCUGCCUGGCGCUCAGACCGCAUCUGGAUCAUUAUUCUGUCCCUGUGGCUCAUCAGCUGUAUCUACCCUAUCAUUGACUACUCCAUCGGGGCACAUAAUCCUGCUGUGGAUGUUCUCUCUACUCCUGUGCUUUGCAAAACUAUUGUUGUCAGCUCAUCUCCAAUCCAGACAUUGUUCAAAGUUACUGUGAGUGUUCUCUUCUUUGUAGUAGUGGCUUUUAUCAUCCUCUUUACAUAUGUGAGAAUCCUGCUGGAAACCAGGAAGCUGGGACAAGACAGAGUGUCUGUGAGCAAAGCCAUGCACACUGUGCUGCUACACGGCUUUCAGCUGCUGCUGUGCAUGUUGGCCUUCACCAGCCCCAUCACUGAAAAUCUCAUAGUGCUGCAUGCCAACUGGCUACAACAAGAUGUUGCCUUUUUUAAUUACUUCUGUUUCAUGCUAAUUCCACGCUUUCUCAGCCCACUUAUCUACGGCUUUAGAGAUCAGAGUCUCAGGGGCUACAUCGGGAGAAUAUUCCUCUGCUGCUCAAAUAAAGUCAAACCCCGUGUCAGAGGCAAGCUGCAGGACAAUGUGUCUACUUCUUGAAGUGGUUGAUAUAGUUUUGACAGAGCUCUUCAACGUAAUGCACAAAUGUCCUGUCAAAAUGUUUAUUUGAGAUGUUUAAACAGGGUAUCUGCAGGUCUUGAAAAGUGAGAGUUCAGUUUCCUCAACAAAAAAGGCCUUAGAAGGUAUUAAAAAGUCUUAAGUUUAUUUAACAAAUAUAUUUUCUUGCCUGCUUGUUGUAAUGUUGGUAUGAAAUGUUUUUGUAUCACUUUACAGGAUGUUGGGAGAUGUUACACAUUUUUUUUAUUUUUAUUAUUAUUUUGACAGUGGAUUGUGCAC